CGAUUGCUAUAUAAGUAGGUAGCAAAUGCUCUGAUCGUUUAUUGUGUUUUUAAACGUGAAGUAGUGAACGUGAAAUUUUGUGAAACCCAAAUGGCUCGAACCAAGCAAACUGCACGCAAAUCGACUGGUGGAAAAGCACCACGCAAACAACUGGCUACAAAGGCCGCUCGCAAGAGUGCUCCAGCCACUGGAGGUGUGAAGAAGCCCCAUCGCUAUCGCCCUGGAACAGUGGCCUUGCGUGAAAUCCGUCGCUACCAAAAGAGCACCGAGCUUCUAAUCCGCAAGCUGCCUUUCCAGCGUCUGGUGCGUGAAAUCGCUCAGGACUUUAAGACGGACUUGCGAUUCCAGAGCUCGGCGGUUAUGGCUCUGCAGGAAGCUAGCGAAGCCUACCUAGUUGGUCUCUUCGAAGAUACCAACUUGUGUGCCAUUCAUGCCAAGCGUGUCACCAUUAUGCCCAAAGACAUCCAGUUAGCGCGACGCAUUCGCGGCGAGCGUGCUUAUUGCAACGUCCGCUUCCCAGUGGCUGCCACGCCAGCGACAGUUGAGAAGAAAGUGGUCCAAAAAAAGGCAUCUGGAUCCGCUGGCACAAAGGCUAAGAAAGCCACUGCGACGCCGUCACAUCCGCCAACUCAGCAAAUGUUAGCGCCAUUCAUCAAGAAGUACCUAAAAUCGGCCGUUGUCAAUGGAAAGCUUAUCCAAACAAAGGGAAAAGGUGCAUCUGGAUCUUUCAAACUGUCGGCCUCCGCCAAGAAGGACAAGGAUCCGAAGGCAAAGUCGAAGGUUUUGUCUGCAGAGAAAAAAGUUCAAAGCAAGAAGGGCAACUACGCCGAGCGUGUUGGUGCAGGCGCUCCAGUUUACCUAGCUGCCGUAAUGGAAUAUCUGGCCGCUGAAGUUCUCGAGUUGGCUGGCAAUGCUGCUCGUGACAACAAGAAGACUAGAAUUAUUCCGCGUCAUCUGCAACUGGCCAUCCGAAACGACGAGGAGUUAAACAAGCUGCUCUCCGGGGUAGCAAAUGCUCUGAUCGUUUAUUGUGUUUUAAAACGUGAAGUAGUGAACGUGAAAUUUUGUGAAACCCAAAUGGCUCGAACCAAGCAAACUGCACGCAAAUCGACUGGUGGAAAAGCACCACGCAAACAACUGGCUACAAAGGCCGCUCGCAAGAGUGCUCCAGCCACUGGAGGUGUGAAGAAGCCCCAUCGCUAUCGCCCUGGAACAGUGGCCUUGCGUGAAAUCCGUCGCUACCAAAAGAGCACCGAGCUUCUAAUCCGCAAGCUGCCUUUCCAGCGUCUGGUGCGUGAAAUCGCUCAGGACUUUAAGACGGACUUGCGAUUCCAGAGCUCGGCGGUUAUGGCUCUGCAGGAAGCUAGCGAAGCCUACCUAGUUGGUCUCUUCGAAGAUACCAACUUGUGUGCCAUUCAUGCCAAGCGUGUCACCAUUAUGCCCAAAGACAUCCAGUUAGCGCGACGCAUUCGCGGCGAGCGUGCUUAAGCUGACAGGGCAUCAACUUGCAGUGUAGUACUCUAUAAUCGGUCCUUUUCA